GUAUAUAAGGAGGAAAUUUAGAAAACUUUUCACUGUGCGAAAGAUUUGAAGUUUAUUUAAAAAUGGAAAUGAAAAUAAAGAAUACUUUUCUCAUUUUAAUUUUGGUUGUUCAAUCUACUUUUACAAUGACAUCUCAUUUUGAAUUUACAGAAGAGGAAAAGAGUGACAAGACCCCUUUGGAAUUAAGGACUUUUAAUAAGCUGUUGGAGUAUAAGGAACUUUGCUUUAAAAAUUUCAACAUCAUUAAAAAUUGUGAUUCCAGUUUAGGAAUUAAAGGUUACUUGUUAUCAGGAAAAUAUUUAUUCUUUGAACUUCUUUUUUAUAUGAAGUACAGAAAUGACACUUCAUUAUUAAAUAGCACGAUAGAUAAAGCUGAAAAGUCUAUAAAGAAAUUAAAUGAUUUUUUAAGUGAAUCUAAAGAGAAGUCUUGUAAAACAGAUCAUAAAGCUUUUGACGAGUACGAGAAAGAUAGUUGGUUGGGUAUAGUUUCAAAUAAUAUCAGAAGAAUGUCACUUGACGAUAUAAAUUAUGCGUUUAACAUAACAUUAUUGCAAUAUAUUCUCGCCCUUUAUCCGAAAAUUGAAAAUGAAUCCAGUUGUCUUGAUUUGAAAAAGGAAAGUGAUAAUUUUCAAAAAGUCAAAGAGUUAUGUUCGCCGAUUCAGUCAAUGAGUGAAUAUCAUGAAAAAGAAAAAGCUAAUUUUAUGGAAGCGGUAUUGUAUUUAACUCAUUUUUCAUUUGCAAGUAGCAUAAAAGAUUUGCCUUGUAACAAUACAAUUGAAACCGACUCACUUGUAAAGGAGCUGAAAGACCAAAUGGAUUCAGCGAGAAACAACAUUAAGCUUCGCGAUAAUUCUUCAUAAUUAUCACUGUCUCAAUAUCCAAAGGAAUGGUGAAAAUUGGUGGAGGGUCUAUUUUUAUUUUUACAUUUUCUUCAAACAAAAUAAAAAAAUGGUAAAAAUUGGUGGAGGGUCUAUUUUUAUUUUUACCAAUUUCUUCAAAGAAAACAAAAAAAAAAGAGUCAAAUAUGGCAAAAAAUUUUUUGUAAUUAGAACCACGUCGGUUCACGUUGGUGAAGUUCACAAACGUUUAUAAUCAACGAUUUAGAAGAAAAAAUAUUUUCUACUCAAAUUUUUACAUAUUAUUGCUCAAAAACACUAUCGUGAAUUUUUUCAUCAAUAAAAUUUGAAAUAGAAAAAUUUCUAAACAAAGAAUUUGGAAAAAUAUUUUUAUUUCUUGCAAUCGUUGAUAAUAAACGUUGUGAAUAUCACCGACGUGUCCGUUCUAAGAAUUUUCCAGAAGUUUUUAUAUCUAACAAAUAUAUUGUUCUAGAAAAUUAUUUAAUCCUAAAUGUUCUAAAAAUGUUCCAGAAGAUUAUUUGGUGGAUAAUUAUUUUUCAGUAAAAGUAUUAUGUAAGACAAUAGAUAAAAAUCUGCAGGUGUUUUUGAUUUUACAGAAUAAUUUAAUAAAAAAUACAUAAUUUGCUUUAUCGAAGUCAUGCGCUGACAAAAAUUCAAUUGCUUUCGUGAAAUGUCUAUCAAUGCAAUUAAAAUCUGAAAAAAAAUUGUCUUUGUAGAAAAUGACUCUUGUACUUAAAUAUGUUCAACAAAAUUUAUCACUAAACAGA